UAGAAUGCCUUUUUGAUGUUCGCAUACAGAUAUGUUUCAACUCAGACCACUGUACCAUUCGUAAAACAGAACAAGCGUGUGAAAGUAAAGCGCUUCUCGUGCCAGAAAUGUAUUGCAUAGCCAUGCUGAAUAUGCCAAGACUUAUUCAACGCCGCCUGAUUGGGCUAGCUACGAUAGUACAACCCAACAGAAAAUUGGGGAGAUUAAUCCUACCUGCUCAAAACUUAUCAAAGAAGAUAACAGUGUCCGUAUUUGAUAAACAAAGGGGGAUGGCGCCAGUUAUCCACCUCAAGCAAGGCCUGGUGAAACAGCCAUGGCAUUUUAGAAAGCCUGAUGAAUACCCACAAAUUACAGGCUCGGACCAUUGGAGACGAAAAAUGCGUACCUUAUUUAGGGCCUUCGACGUAAACGGUGAUGGUUACUUGACAGAAGAAGAUUUUGAGAUGAGCGCCAGGCGUUGUUCAGAGUACAUGAAUCUUAAUGAAGAAAACACUAAAAUCCUUCUGGACCAACGCCUUACCUACUGGAGAGAUUCAAUGUCUAAAGAUUCGACAGGUAGGAAUAUAGGUAAAAUAUCCGAGGACCAGUUCGUGGAGAAACAGCUCGUGACCAUGAACGACAACAAUUUCCGAGAAAGUUUCUUUGAUAUCCUUUGUUCAAGAUUUAAAAUGAUGGAUCUUGACGGCGAUGGACUUAUUUCUCCAGAUGAACAUGCUGCUAUUUUCUACGGUUUCAACAUCCCUCCUGAGCACUCAAAGAAAAUAUUUGACAUCAUAGACAGCAACAGUGACGGCUUCAUUACCCAAGAAGAGUUCAUUUGCGCACUUAUUGAAUUUUAUUUAACCGAAAAUCCUGACAACAAAUACAACGAGUGCAACGGUCCGCUCGUUGACAAUUAAAAUUGAUGUUCUUUCUAUCGCCAAAAGAGAAAAAACAAAUAUUUUGCCCAAAUGAUUAUUGAGUUUACAAGAAACACAUAUGUACUGCAAUGAACAUUACAUUCCAUAUGAGUGCCUGAACAUACGGGACCAGUAAAUAGACAGGUACAGAAAUAAGUGCCGAAUGCGUGAAACACAAAGUGAACAAAGUGUAUUACCAAAGUCACAUACAAAAUAGUGUAAAUGAUUGUAGACGUUUAAUCGAAAUAUUUGUUGUGAGACGCUAACACAGAAUGCUUAAACUCUCUCAAAUAUAUUUAAAGAUCUGAUAUAUAACAAUUCAUUUAAUAGCUAGCUUAUAACAUGCACAUAGUUUUCUGUAGCUUACACUGACAUACAUAAAAGCUGAUAUCAAGGUUUUUCAUAAACUAAAAAUGUUAUGUAGCUUAAUAUUAGUUUACCGUAAACAUAUCCCAUAUAAGACACGUGUAUAAGUUUUUCAGAUUAAUAUUUUAACACGCAGUAUGAAUUGUAUGAGACUAAUUAAUCUUACCAAUAUCGCUGAAUGUUUAGUGCAAAGGGACAAAAUAGACAAUAAGUAAAAACCUGUAAAAGUAAGUCAAUUUCAGUACGAAGUAACUGCUUGUAACAGGAGCAUGGUUUGUUCUAGCUCGCACUGACACUAAAAACUGUUAUGUUUUCCAUAAACUAACGAUGUUAUGCAGCUCUUUCACAUAUAGGACGCUGAACAAUUGGAUACUCGGUGAUUUUCUCUGUGGGUCAUGUAUGCUUCUGUCUAACUUAUAAGCUUUUAUUUCAAAUGUACUCCAUUCGAAUGCAAAAACUUUUUUCACAAAAUAAACCUAAACUCUCUUGACGUUCACCUUCAAUUCUUGUAAAUCAGUUGCAAUAUUUUUAUAUCAAUAGUUUUAUCUAAGCACAUACUGACAUCUCCACAGGCCUGAUGCCAGUGGCCCAAGUUACAUUCCGAAUAGACACAGAUAAGGUGGUACAAAUUAAGGAUCAAUGGUAAUGCUAAGAAUCGGUUAAUUUUCCAUCAAAAGUAUCAAAAUGAUUAUUGAAUGCCCUGAAAUAGGAACUAG